AGAAAGUCAAGCUAUGGAGAAAAAAUCAGUAGAUUUAGAUGAGGAGAGCGAACUAGCAAAGCGACCAUUCGAUUCCAUUUCCGGCAGUCAUGGUUUGUCAGGAUUUGCCAAACGACCAUUCGACUCAAUUUCCGGUAGCCACGGCUUAUCAGGAUUCGCCAAACGGCCAUUCGACUCAAUUUCCGGUAGCCAUGGUUUGUCAGGAUUCGCCAAACGACCAUUCGACUCAAUUUCCGGUAGCCACGGUUUGUCAGGAUUCGCCAAACGACCAUUCGACUCAAUUUCCGGUAGCCACGGCUUAUCAGGAUUUGCCAAACGUCCAUUCGACUCAAUUUCCGGUAGCCAUGGUUUGUCAGGAUUCGCCAAACGACCAUUCGACUCAAUUUCCGGUAGCCAUGGUUUGUCAGGAUUCGCCAAACGACCAUUCGACUCAAUUUCCGGAAGCCAUGGCUUGUCAGGAUUCGCCAAACGACCAUUCGACUCAAUUUCCGGUAGCCAUGGUUUGUCAGGAUUCGCCAAACGACCAUUCGACUCUAUUUCCGGUAGCCAUGGUCUUUCCGGCUUCGCCAAACGACCAUUCGACUCAAUUUCCGGUAGCCAUGGUCUUUCCGGCUUCGCAAAACGACCAUUCGAUUCCAUUUCCGGAAGUCAUGGUCUGUCUGGAUUCGCCAAGCGACCUUUCGACUCAAUUUCCGGAAGUCACGGUUUGUCAGGAUUCGCUAAAAGAGAUGUGUCCGAGGAAGAUGAAAGAUCGUUCGCUUUGUCUGGCGAAGAAGUGGAGGAUAUUUUCGAGGAUUAAAAAUUCAACCAAACUAUAUUGUUAUUUUCAUCUGUUACAAAAGCAAUGACCGAAGUCAUGUUUCUUACUUAACAAAACUAGCUCUACUGAAUCAAUGGAAACUUUUUCACGUGAAACUUCAUCUGUUGGCAAACAUCUGAAGAUCAAAUACCUGGCGAACAGGACCUAAACUAAGACCUUUACACGAAUUCUGUUUUUUAAGUCACAUACACACUGUCAUUUCUAGCAAAAUAAUUUUAUUUUUUCCCCUUUUUGAGAAAUUAAUUGAAGAAGAAGCUGAGACACGCAUGCAUGGUCACGUGAUUUCUAAAUAAAGUAUCAAUUCUU